AUGGAUUCCAAUUUGCUGGAUAGUCUUCUCGAUCUGGAGGAGCAAUUCUACCAAGAAGGCUAUAGCCUGGGUGCCGCCGAUGGCGCUCAGUCGGGUUAUACCGAGGGCAGCGUCUUUGCGGUCGAAAAAGGCUUCGAGAAAUUUGUGGAGAUGGGUCGUUUGUACGGCAAGGCGCUCGUGUGGGCUCAGAGACUUUCUGAUACGAUUCCAUCAGAGGACGCAUCGCCACAGCCUUUGACCCAGUCGCCAACUAGUGCGGAUGUGAUCCCGGUCGAUCCCUCGAUUUGCAGAGAAAUGCUCAGCCUUCCAGCGCACAGUACUAGACUCACCAGAAACCUCUCUACCCUCCUGGAGCUGGUCGACCCUGCUUCGUUGGAUAUGUCCAACACCGAAGAGGCCGUGAACGAUGUCGACGAGCGCUUGAAAGGCGCCGCUGUCAAAGCCAAGCUCAUCCAACGAGCGAUGGGGGAGAGCGAAGAGGCAUUGGGUGCUCGGUCAAGUACCAAAGAAAACCAAAAGCCUGGCGAUGGCACUGGUAGCAUUGAGGAUAUCAGUUCUCUAAGUAUUCGCCACUGA